AUGGCUCCUCUCAUACCGGGGCGGCCUCCCCGACACGUUCCAGUAGUCAACGGCAACGCAGUCCGGGACGAUCGUGUCGUCCCGAUGAUCCCAGACAUCCCUCACGGCAAUAUCUAUAUGCGGCAACAGCUUUCACGAUCUGAACGAUCUGGCGCUCCCACGCUGGAGAACAAGAAGCUCGAAGAGGUGAAGUGGAAUAACCGUGUGGAUGGUUCGGAUGAUCGGUGGCGAGGGAACGGCUUCCGAGGAGAAAUUCAAUACAUACCGUUCGCGGGACGAGGUCUAAUCCGACCAUUGAAGCGGGAUGUUGAUAUGCAGAUGUCUACUUUUGCCAAAGAUAACAUGCGUCAUUUGAACGACACGCAAAUGCCUUCCAAGAACGCCACGCUGAGUCAAACGUUGAGCGACAUAUCUCUCGGAGCCUCUCUGAGCAUGUCCUUGGAUCGUGAUUGCCUCAUCUGUGUCCUUAUUGUUGCGCUGGAGUAUCCCCUAAGGAUCCACAGAGUUCUCUUUAUUAUGCCUAAGGUCAAAGCUGGUGAUGGGCCUGCUCGGUCCAUGCAACAAUCUUCAGUACCUUCAAAUAUGGGAGGUAUGAUCAUUAUCAUCUCGAAGCGUGGUGGCGAUGAGGAACUUGCCCGGCUCCAACUCCCCGGGUUUUGCGUAGAUCAUAUGAUGAUGGCGUCGCCCGAGGCCAACGUGAGUAUGAUGUUAAAGCACAUUAAUUCGGUCCUCAAGCCAAAUACCGUCACUGCACUGUAUCUCGAGGGAAAGCCCUGUAGCGGUAUUACGGCAGAAGACUGCACAGAUGGUAUGGUUUUCGAGGUCGACUGUUGA